AUGAAGCCGCAAGCAAAGCUGGCCCUCUGGGCGUUCCUCAUACCUCUCUGUUCAGCCAUAUCCUGCAAUCAACUGACCAACCCUUACGAUGGCCCUUCCGGCACACAAUUCGGGAUUAUUUGCAAUUCAUACUCAACCGGCGGCAAUCAGAUCGGUUCCUCCUUCGAGGCUAAUGAUCUGGAGACAUGCAUUCGGCUGUGUCCUGAUGUCUCGGGUUGCAAAGUUGCCCUCUUUGACAAGAACCAGGCACUAUGCUACUUGAUGGACGAAUCGGAUGGCCCACAGCCUAAUAAUCUGUAUGACAUGGCUCUUUUACUGUCACCUGCGCCAACCACGACGGCAAGCGAUGCCACGUCGACUACAACUGAAGCCGUCUCGGGCCCAACAUCUUGCGAACAACUCGAUUCUCCAAUCGACAUCGACGGUGUGGAAUUCAAUACCAACUGUGACUGGCGAGCCACUGGCAAUCAGAUCGAGUAUAGCAACCAGCUGCACAGCUUCACUGAAUGCAUGGCAUUCUGUGCUGAUACCCUGGCUUGCCGCGCAGCCAACUUCAACCACAUUUCUAACGAAUGUUACUUGUACGAUGCCUUUAGCGGUCUCACGCAAGACCCUGAACAGGAUAUGGCUUAUGUGGUAUCUCGACCAGCUGUCUCAUCUACAACAGAUGCUGUCUCAGCUACGACCUCUGCCGCCUCGGCUACAGCGUGCGAUCAACUGGAUAAUCCAUCCUACAUCGACGGUGUGAAGUUCUCAAUCUACUGCGGCCAGCAAAUAACUGUCAGCGGUAUUUCGAUCAAAUAUAGCAACCAGCUGCACAGCUUGACAGAAUGCAUGGCAAUGUGCUCUGAUACCCCGGAGUGUCGCGUGCUCACGUUCAGCCAUUAUAACGACUGCUACUUGUACGAUAACUUCAACGGUUUGCUCCCUAACGUUGAAAUGGAUAUGGCGUACGUGGCAUCUCGACCAGCUGUCUCGUCUACAACUGAGGCCCCAACAGAACUUUCUACCACCACCUCACUGGCCACCACGUCAACUGCAGCAGCGCCAGGGCCGCUAACUUGCAGUCAAGUGGAGGGCGGUACUUAUACCGGUCCUAAUGGGAACAAGUUCUUUCUCGCAUGCGAUACUUCCGCGACUGGAGAAUCUAUCUAUCGACGAGAUGAAGAAGAUAGCUUGGAGGGAUGCCUGAAUCGGUGUGACGAUGAAAAGAGGUGUAUUGCUGUGAAUUUCUUGCCUUCUCCUGAGAGUGAAUGUGAUCUGAUUGAGUCAUUCGAAGGGGGUCAAUUCUCCCCUGGUACGACCUUAGCUUACAAGUUACUUUCAUUAACAACAACCUCGGCAUCAUCUGAGGCUUCUUCAUCUCUCGAAGCCAUCUCCGAAACGACGUCAGCAUCUACAACUACAUCAGGUGUAACCUCAGAGGCAACAACUUCACUAUUCACAUCGUUAUCAUCCUCACAAGACACCCCUUCAGGGACUACAUCGGACUCUGCCCUUGAAUCUACACUGGAGUCUACAUCUGCACCAGCUACAACCUCGCUAGAGGAUAUCUCGUCAACAACUAGCUUCUCAGCAUCUACAUCAACAGACCUUUCAUCGCUGUCGUCAAAAUCUGUCUCAGAGUCUACAUCGGAUGCCCAAUUGGUAUCUACAUCAACUGAAGAGUCAUCUUCUCUAGAGCGUACUACCGUCACAAGUACAGGCUCGUUGCACACCGAUACUACUAACAUCGAGAUGGCGACUGCCGGGACGUUGACUACUGAACCCCUAUCUAUAGAAACAUCAACCGUUCAGACAUCAUCUACUACGAUUUCGGUCACCGCGACAGAAACCGAAGCAACUGCAUCUAGCGUGAGCUACACCAGCCGCGCUUCAACCGAGAUACAGUCCACAUCAGAUGCUUCCGCUUUGCCUUCGACCUCAUCAACACCAUCCGCAAGUAACAUUCCUACGCUUGGCGAAUAUACCUUCACAGGGUGUUUGAAAUCCCUCGAGGGAUAUCCAUCCUUCAAAGAGGUCGCAACUGACCCAGAGAUGACUACCCGAAAGUGUGUCGACUUGGCUUUGGGAAGCGCGUACAUCGGUGUUUAUCAAGAGACUUGUUAUAAGGCCGAUGUGCUCGACGAUACGGAAUUUGUAGCGGAUGCACGCUGCGAUCUCACAUGCCCUGGAGAUCGCACUCUGUUCUGCGGAGGCAUUCUCCGCGCCGGACGGAAACUUCUGCAUCGUGAGAUAGCGCCUAAUCAUCUCUUGACCCUCUAUCGCAAAAAGCUUCCCUCCACUUCGGAUACCUCAUCCUCUUCGUCCUCCGCACCAACCUCUUCUUCUUCACAUGCUGCGGGAACUCAGGUACAUGAGACAACUUCUGAAUCAAGCGGGGUUUCACACUCCAGUCAAACAGGCUCACCUUACUCUCUCUCUUCCUUUACAACAAGGAAUACUGGCUCAAAGACGCUUUCCGUCUCUGAUUUCACCGUCACAGAGACCAACUCAGCAACUUACCUGUCAACAGCUCUCCCUACCCCAACAGCCAUCCAUACUGCUUACUCGACUCUGACCAGCGAUCAUGCUUACACCAAGACUCGAUUUGCCGAGACAGUAACCACAGUUACUUACACUACUGUCAACCCAAGCAAUCCCGCAUCUCUUAUCACAACUUGUGUUCCUAUUACCCUGCUCUACAGCCCCUGCGGGUGCAAGAGCCAGGUGUACCCAACAGUGGAUAUGACAACUGUUGCCUGUACCCAAGGAGGGGACAUUGUUACCUUGACAGUACCAAAGGCUGUUUGUGAGACUGACCGUGCGAGCUAUACACAUCCGAUAGUUCAGUACCCUUCAGGUUGGGUUGGAGGGCAUCAGACAGACGCUGGCGGCGAUACGUAUCCCACAGGACGGCUUACGGGAAGUUCUCAACCUGGCUCGAAGAACGGACAGCCUGAGUACCCCACUGUAGCCACAGGAUCACAGGAUUCCCAUCCCAGCUACAAGACACACCAGCACGUGGCCCCUACUGCAGCUGGAGCAUCUAGUGGUCAUAAGCAGCCGGAACAAGGGAACCCACAGCCAUCUGUUUCGGCUCAAGAGUCAGCAGAGUCCAACAGCAAUACGCCGGCGUAUCCCUCCCAGCCAUCAUCCCCGAAGAGCUUAACAACGGAAACAAGCAUUAUCCCUACUUCUCAACGUGGCAAUUCGGCACUUCCAUCUCAAUCAUCGCCUCUUGACCAGGACCAAGUUCCUUCAGAGUCCACGGGAGCGCCCUAUGCUACAUCAGUGGUUGUUUCAGAAGCUCACAGAUCUGGUCUCGCAACGUGGAUCAAGAUAACUGCGAUAGUUGGAAUGGUUUUAUUCUUAUAA